AUGGAAGUUAUUGACAAAAUUAACAAAACCACCGAUGAGGAUGUCAACGACAAAUCCAAAUCGAACAACGGCAAGAUGAUUCAAAAUGAUGCGUUUGUGGCACUGCAGAAGAGAGUGGACAGGAUGGAGAGCUCGAUCGACCGCAUCAUCUCCAAAGUUGAUGCUGUCCUCGUCAAGUUGGAGGCUAUUGAAAGAGCCAAGUCAAAGAGGAGAGAAAAUAUUGGAAAGUUGAUGACCAGCAUAUCAGAGAUGUGGAAGUUGUUCCACAAGAGAAAUGGAACAAGCUCUUUAAAAAAAAUCUCUAUAUCUUAUAUGGAGCAGAUGAAAACUUCACUUUUCGGCGGCCUACAGGUUGAUUCAGAGUUACCAUUAAACUACCACGGCCUUUUCUAUAGAUUAGGCCCUGCAAAGAGGUACAUAAAUUACAGGGCAAAUGAGGCUGGUACAGCAGAUCUGAAAGCAGCCGAAUUUAAAAACAGCAAAUAUAACGAGCUGAAAAAUAACACAAAAUCGUCUCUUCUAGCAACUUUUUUAAAACAUAGUGACGAACCGUCAGAGGAAAGAAAACGUCAGCAGAUGGAGAAAGUGGUCAAAGAAGAAUUGGAUAAGUGGGAUAAUUAA